AUGCAAUAAUAAAUUUAGUUAUAAUUACUCAAACUAUUCUCAGAAUAUAACCCAAAAUAAUUCAACAUAACUAACGAAAACAUAUAUUUAACCGAAGUCAACUAAUAAAAGGAUAUACAAAAAUAAUAUGAAAUCAAUCAAAUUUCUAACUAAUCAAAUUAAGUUAUUAAUUUAAGGCCAGAUACGUUUGAUGAUGACUCUACCUCUUAAAACAUUUAGAAUGGGUAUUAUGAAAACUCUGAGCUAAACCCAAAUUUAAUGAAAAAUGUGAUAAGAUAGUUCUUUAAAUUUAUGACUGAUGAAAAGAAUAUGGAAAUAGUUUAAGAAUUUCUGAAAUAAAAAUCAUACCAGUAAGCUAUGAAGUAUACUAAAAAGAUAAUAAAAGAUUACAAAUUUAAUAACACAUAUUUGACUCGCUUAAUAAACAGAGAAGGUUACCGCUCAAUUUUUGAGUACUUCUUAACGUUAGAAAUAUAAGAGUGGCUUUAUAACUCUAAAAUAAAGGAUAUAUAAUCACACAUAAAGUGUAUUGACUUUUUAAAAGAAUGUUGUAUCGAUAAAAAAAAGCUUUAGGCUUUAAAUAGAUACAAAAAAAAAGACUGA